GAGAUAAUAGAACUUUUUCGUGCUGGGAUGCCUUUACGAAAGCACCGGUGUCGCUUCAAAAGCUACGAGCGUUGUUUCAAAGCCUCGGAGGCAGUGGACUGUUUACAUGAACUGCUUGCCUCUAAUCAAAACUUUGGCCCAGAAGUGACUCGCAAUCAAACAGUUAAGCUGCUUAAAAAAUUCCUGAAAAAUCAUGUUAUUGAAGAUAUUAAAGGAAGAUGGGGCAAAGAGGACUUUCAAGAUGAUGGCCACUUAUAUAGAUUUCCUCCUUCCUCACCACUGAAGCCAUACCCAAAGAAACCUUCAUAUGGAAAGGAAGUAAUUAAAUUUCCAGACUGGAAUGAACCAAAGGCUGGCACUUCCCAAGAACACAUCCCAGUGAAAUCAGUCACAAUGAACUCUGAGAUGUGGUACAAGCGACACAGUAUAGCUAUAGGGGAAGUACAGGCAUGCAAACCUGUGCUCCGCAGAGAGUUAACACAAACAAAUAUAGAAGAAAUAUGGAAAUCCAUGACUUUGUCACGAUUACAAAAGGUCUUGGGUUUGGAUUCUCUGGAUGAAGUGUUAGAUAUAAAACUUGUGAAUUCAAAGCAUGUAGUCCAAAAUGCAUACAAUGUCAAUAAGCAAGGCAUUGUCACUUUAGAAGACAAAUCAAAGGAACUACCUCAUUGGAUAUUAUCAGCAAUGAAAUGUCUAGCAAAUUGGCCCAGCUACUCAGAUUUGAAGCAGCCUACAUACUCAGGAUUUGAAAGAGAUGUCUUCAAAACUAUAGUAGACUACUUUGGCCAGAUGAAAGAACCUCUUCUCACAUUUCAUUUUUUUGAUGUUUUUGUAUGUGUGUUAGGUCUGCUGCAAAAACACAGCAAGGCUAUAGAAGCUCUUCAGAUAUCUUGUCUCCUGCUGCCACCAGAAAAUCGGAAAAGACUGCAGCUGUUGGUGAGGAUGAUGGCAAGAAUUAGCCUUAACAAGGAUUUGCCACCUCUUUCUGAAUCAGUGAGGACCAGAACCUUGAUGGUUCAGGCAUUUUCACGUUGUAUUCUCUGCUCAAAGGAUGAAGUGGACUUGGAUGAACUCCUUGCUGCUAAACUAGUAUCUUUUCUUAUGGACAAUUAUCAAGAGAUCUUAAGUGUGCCUUCUGCCUUAAAAUCUUCUAUAGAGGAACAGGUUGUACAUCUCCAGAGAGUCCAAGUAAAAUAUGCUGGAGCUGAUACUGAUGGAACUUUUCCUCAACCAUCGUUUUGUCACCAACUUAGUACAGAUGAAUUUGAAUACCAAAUGCCAACUGGUUCUCAAGAACCACUGGCAGCUUUGUUGGAAGAAAUUGCAAUGAAUAAAGAAAUAUCUGUGAAAGAUAAGAAGAAGCAGCUCAAGCAAUUUCAGAAAUCUUACCCUGAAGUGUAUAGAGUACGAUUUCCUACCCCUGAAACCGAAGCGGUACUGUUUCCAGAAAAAGCUAAACAGAAACCACCAGUACUGCUGUGGGCCCUCAGAAAGCCUUUUCAACCAUUUCACAGAACCAGGAGCUUUCGGAUGUAAAUGGUUUGAAAUACCUCAGCGAACUGAGUGAGGGCGUAUUAUUAAUGGAUCUUAUACAGAAGGCGUCUGAGCAGCAUGUAGUUACUCAAAAAACUACUGGGGAUACUGCUGAGAUGAUAGAAACAGUGGAAAGAAGAGGAAAGUAUUGAGGUGGUAGAAAUGUGAGCCAGUAUUUUGUAAAUUGUAUUUUUUUAAUGACUGUUAU